GCUUUCAUCCUGUAGGCCAGCCAUCAGAUCUCAGCCAGUGGUCUAGAUCAAUGAGUUUAAGAAAGGUUUCCUAAUCUGUGAGGGUUUCUAGAUUGUUCGCAGUAUAGUGAGAACCCCGCAGUCAGCCACGAGCUGUAAUUAACUUGGUGCCUCAAAGUCAAAGGUGGCUCAUGAUUCAAACUUUAUGUGAUGGGUGAUUUUUUGCUGCUUAUGCAUUGAGGUCCUACAGCCCAUAAAGGAAAUUUGGUGGAAAAAUAUCUUAAUUUAAAUGGAGAGUAAAAUUGAUGAAAGGUGUUACACAAGCCUGUAAGGGGGAUAGAGAGAAAACACUUUGCCAAAAUGGACAUAAGAGGAUUUCAACUUGUGAGCCUUCCAAACAGGAGGACUUUAACAAAACUGCGUCGUCCCUCAAAGGAGAACUGAAAGACAGAAAUUGUCCAAAACGUUGGACCUGCACCAUUAAAAGGAAAACUCUUAGCUCUGAAAAACUUUACUGAAGAAGGCAUUUGAAAGGUGAGUCAUUGCUCAUGAUAAAAUAAACCCAAGAUUUGAAUGAAAGCCUGAGUGCAAUGGUAUAUGGUGCAGUUGAGAAGCUAGAAGAUACGCUUGAUGUUAUCAGUACGUUCGUUAUUUCAGUAGCUGCUGCUCUGUUCUUUUUCAUUUUCUCUCUGCACAGCUGAAUUCAAUUUUAAUAAUUUGCUUGUGAAAUGUAUUCAUGUCUGGUGAGAGUCUUAAACCACCUAAUGUAAGAUAUAACACUGCAUAUGUAUUUAAGCAUUUCAUAUAUGAAGAGACAGAAAGAAAGAAACUAAAUCAGGUGUUCUCAAACUUUUUGCACAUAUAUGCAAAAACUUUGAGAACACCUGAUUAUAUGGUAGGUGACUUCUGGCUAUGCAGCUAUCACAAAACAAACACAGUUGUGGAUCAUCCAUGAAACGACACACAGUAUUAAAGAUCAAGGGUAUGUAAACUUUUGAAUGGGGUAAUUUUUAUAAACUCAGCUAUUGUCUUGUGGACUAUAUGUAAACAUCUGUUAUGUGAAAUAGUUUAUUCAGGACAGGACUAAAUAAAAAACAACAUGGGAUUUUUAUGAUCUCUUAUUUUUUUAACAGUAUUGAGGUUUGGCAGAUUCUGCAAGGGGUAUGCAAACUUUUGGGCACAACUGUGUGUGUGUAUGUAUAUAUAAGGACAAUACAUAUAUAAUUCACACAAAAAAUAAAUAUAAAAUUCACAAUACAAAACAUUUUUCAACAAAACACAGAAUUCAUGACCCAAUAUGUUUUCCUCAUUUUGCUAACAAAACUCAUAUUUUAUUUUCAGCUAUUCUCUCUCCAUUUUACAGAUUCAAACAUCAUCAUGGAUUCAGUCUUACAUUCUACUACAGCUAAAGCAGAUGACUACCCUGAAUAUAAUGACAAUGAUAAUAUAAUGGACAGUUCAUCUGCAGCAUUAGUGCCCUCAACAGUGGCUCCAGCACACUGCACUGACGUGAUCUGUGUUUUACUGGCAAUAGCCAAUGUGAUUAUUAUGGCUCUUGGUAUUGCUGGCAAUAGUUUGGUGAUCUGGAUCGCAGGGUUUAAGAUAAAGAAAACAGUCAACACUGUCUGGUACCUCAGCCUCGCUGUGUCUGACUUCCUCUUCUGUGCCUUCCUGCCCUUCUCCAUUGCCUAUAUUGUUAAACGUGAAUGGGACUUUGGACUCUUCAUGUGCAAGUUUACGUCUUUUGUCUUGUUCCUCAACAUGUUCAGCAGCAUCUUCCUCCUCCUCAUCAUUAGUGUGGAUCGCUGUGUUGUGGUUAUGUGUCCUGUAUGGGCACAAAACAAGCGCACCAUACGCAGGGCCUUGGUGAUGGUUGCACUAGCCUGGAUUAUCUCAGCAUUGCUUAGCUUGCCACCGGCCAUUUUCCGAGAUAUAACAAUAUACAACUCAAAACAUGUCUGUUACUACAACUAUUCGCACGAUGAAGAACAUAUUGCUGUAGUGGUAUGCCGAUUCAUUUUUGGAUUUGUGAUCCCCUUACUGAUCAUCAUCAUCUGUUAUGUCCUCAUCACCCUAAAGCUGAAAAAUAACCAGACGGCGAAGUCCAAUAAGCCAUUUAAGAUCAUGACAGCACUGAUAGCUGCUUUCUUCAUUUGCUGGAUGCCUUAUCACAUUUUUAACUUAUUGGAACUAAACCUAAAAUAUGCCUAUAUCCUCCCUAUCGGGCAAAAAUUUGGAAGCACUCUUGCCAGCGCCAACAGUUUUAUGAACCCGUUGCUUUAUGCGUUCAUGGGAAAGGACUUUAAGAGUAAAUGUUAUGCACUUCUGUCUAAGAUUGAGAGCACAUUCGAGGAGGAAGCCCGGAGUACACUACGAGGGACGUCUAUUACUAACUCAGGAGACGGCAAACUUUCAAGUACAGUCUAAAGUUAUCAGGCCUUUAAAGAAUUCCAUAUGAACAAAAAGAGGAAUUAAUUUCUGCUUCUUAACAGCCAGCUUAAUAACAGUGAACUAAAGAAAUACAAAUAAACAGCACGUUGUAUAAUUCUGAAUAAUAAUCUCAAUGCAAAAUAAUCCUUGUUUUAAGAGAAUGUAUGUGGAAAGAAACAUUUACACAGAAGAUUUACAUUUUCUUCAGAUUGAAAGCAUGUACUGAGCUCAACUUCCUGUCGUCAUAUAUUAUUACACCCCAUCACGUCAUGUUUAAUUUAUUAUUAAAAACCCUAACUUUGAAAGAUGAGA